AUGUUCGCUCUGACAGAACGAAUUUUGGUUAGGACGUGGCAGGAUGGCGUGUUAACGCAGGAUCGCUUGUUAUAUACAAAUACGCUGAGGCUCGCAAGAACAAUCACAAACGAAGACACACGAUCCGAUCCGCCAAUACAGCAAAUUGUUUUCUACCAAUCCGGAAUAGGUUCUGAGGGAAACCUCUACGAUGAAUACGUCGAUGCGACUACUGGAGGAUCCUUAGCUGAUAAAGUGGAAGAAGCCUAUGGUUUUAUUGCCCUAAACUAUUUUCCGGGUGACGAGAUAUUCCUAUUCGGAUUUUCGAGGGGUGCAUAUACUGCGCGUAUGGUAGCCAUGUUCAUUGGAGCGAUCGGGCUUCUCGACCGCAGGGACAUGGACAACUUUGCUCGGAUCUUUAUUGCCUACCAACGUCUUGCUAAAAAGCGACGCUUACUAAGAGAUGAACUGUACGCUUUCACGAAGCCAGAUGCACAUGGGCUGCAGCGUGCUAAUACUCCUUUUUCCAUCAAAUGCGUUGGCGUAUUCGAGACUGUUGGUUCCCUCGGGCUUCCUGACGAGCUUACUCUUAAUCUCAAGAAAGCAAAAGAGAUAUUCGGAUUUCCUGACAAAGUUUUAGGAGGACAUAUCAAACGGGCGUACCACGCUCUGGCGCUGAAUGAAACGCGCCGAGAUUUCGAUUGCGCAAAGUAUGAGCGAGCGCUGAAGGUCUCAGUAAAGGGCAAAUCCUCAAACAAUGCUGGUUUGGCGGUUAGUCUCUUGAAUGUAUAUUGUACGCAAAAUCUGAAAAAUCAAAUGUCCUUAGGGUGCCAUUCAGAUAUAGGAGGAGGAUAUCGGGACCACGACUUGGCGGACAUAGCUAACAUUCAGGAUAUGCUAUCUCUAGAUAUGGAAUAUCUACGCUCCGUGCCUUCGCCCGUUGCACCUUGGGGCGCUCAGAAGCCGCACAACCCUAGAACAGGCCUGUCGUCUUUGUUUUUCGCUACACAGCGCAAAUUACCUCUGAGUAUUGACAAUGUUACCAACGAAACGAUCCAUCUCAGGAAACACGCCGGUGGAAAACUCCUUCCCCUGGAAGAGGAGUUCAAGGUCAAGUGGAUCGUGGAAAGAGAGCCUCAGGAUAUUCUCCAGCGCUGGAAGAGAGACAUUUUAUACUAGACUAUUGCAUCAUCGCCUGACUUCACGUUAUGAAUAUAUCAACGUCUAUGAUAUUUUGAGGUCAUAGCGACUACGGUCAAAUAAAGAGUCGACGAAGAGAAGAUUUUAGACCUACUGAAGUAAGGUAACUGAGGA